GAUUUGACAAGGCAGUAUUUAUGCACACUAGAAGAGGCAAGUGAGGGUCUGUCAGGUGAAUUUGAACAAUUAAAAAGAAUUGGAAAUGUUGCUGCACCUCUAUCUCGUCCACUGAAUGUCUGUCCUCUGAAGAAUGUUGAUGUCAAAGUGAAAAUUCCUGAAAACCAGACUUCAGCCUCACUUGAAGCAGAGUCUAAAUCGAGACAUUCUUCAGGCCUUAUGACGGGUAUACCCUUGAUCAGAAUUGAUGGUUUGAGUGAUUUGUCAUCAAGCAGAUUUUUAGUUGACCAUACUAAUUUGUCAACCGGUGAAUUAACCAGAGCACAACUUGAAUGGGAUCAUCUCCGAGAUACUAAGCAACCAGAUGAUUACAAGCUGAAUAUGGAAGGCAAGUCCCUUGCAGUAAUUCAGACGGAUGUUGAGGAAUAUGGGGACUCUGAUCUUAGUCAGGGAGAAGUUGAAGACUUCAUUCUACCUGGAUUAGAUAAAAAGUAUCUGGAACAAAGUCUGGAGGUUAUGAGGUGUCAGGAUCUUAGCAGACCUGAAGAUCACUCUUAUGAAGUCUCCACUAUCUCACAAAUGAAAGAAUGGCAUACUAAUACCACUGCAAGUGAAGAGGAGGGAAGGGUAGGUGGUUUACCAUCCUCACUACUACAGCCUCAGCACUCAAAACUAAAAGAAAAUAGCUUUGUUAGUGGUAAGGUUCACUUUGAUGUUGACCAGAUUUCAGCUAAUUCGACAAUUUUUCGUGGUGGUCUAGAGGAAUCCAAACUUUUGUCCACUUCAUGUAAUUCAUUAGGAUCCAUUGGUGCUGAUAUGAAUGAUGUUGAAAACUUCAGUGACCAGUCAAGAGAUGAUGUGGCUAAUGAAUGGUUUGAAGCUGAACAGUAUGAGCUGGCUAGCGUAUUAGAGGCAGAGUCCUUUCAUGCUCCAGAUUUAGAUUUUCUGGAGCAAGCAGAAAAGGAAACUUGUAAAGAAUUCAAAUUUCUAGAAGCAGGAACAUGUGAUAACAAUCUUGAGUUUUCUAGUUUUUCUGGCAUUUAUGGAGCAACAGAAAUUACAGUAAGGCCUUCAUGGAUUGCAAGUCCAGAGAAGAAUUUAGUUGGCCCAGGGAACAAGAUGUUGGUAGACGAUUAUUUAAAGUCACGUAGCGAAGCUUUAGGUUCUCUUGGAUGUGCAGAGAAAGAGAAGCGGCCCAACUUUGGAACCACAGUUCAUUCUCCCCCAAUGGCUGGGAAACCAAUUCCGCUCAUAGAAAAAUCACUGGAGGAGGAUGACGCAUCCCAAUUGCAUCCUCGAGAAGGUGAGACUGGUUCUGUUGCAAAUCUUACUCAAUUAAUAGUUUUUUUUUUAUCAUUCUUGGACCAGAUAGGAUAUUGUGUGAUCAGUAUUGCUGCCAUAGGUCUAAGCAUAAUUCAUAGUGCCCUCAAAUUUUCUGAAAGCAUAGAUGGCUGCCCCACUGCUGUUUCAGCCUUGUUAUUUAAGCCAUCAUAUUUUGUAGAACCAAGAAAUAAGUGUGAAAUUAAGCUGGGUGUUUGCAGCCAGUUCAAAGGAUUACUAGAAGCUAUCUUUGAGGUUCGAGUGUCGGACCUUGCCAAGGGUUUAGGAACAUCUGCAGCUGCUUCACAAGUCUCAAUUCAAACACUUAUUGUCUCUGCUAAUAUUAAUGAGCCAGAUGUGCAGCUGACAUGUGAUGGAGAAGAUGUACUAGACUUUGGUGUGGUACCAGAAGGAUGCACACUCACUCAAAAAGUAGUUAUCAUCAAUCAUUCUCCACAGACUCUUCCAGUGGUAUUACUUCUACAACAGGUAGCCGUAACUUCUCCAAUAUUCUGCUGGAAUUCUGAAAAAAAUGAAUUUGCAAAAACUAUCUCUCCUACACGUUUGGCACUUGAGCUUCCAGCAGCUAAUAAUGAAUCUGGUCCAGUGCCACAGACAAUGAAUGUUACACUUAAAGCUCCGCAUCUUGAUAAUGUAAAAGUUGGUGAGAAUGGUGUGGUAGGAGUCAGAAGCCACAUGCAGGUGGAGCUCGAUACUCCUAACAACUCUACAAUAAUCAUUGCAAGUUUUCCUGUUAAGGCACACAUUGGAGCAGUCCGCCUUGAGUCUGUACGCACUGUCAAAUCUUUGGUGUUGGAAACGAUGGCCAAUGACACGUGUACUGCUCCUGUUCCUCUGAAGAAUUCAUCUUCAUUUGCACUACGGGUAUCCCUCGAGUCAAGGGACCACAAGAAUUUGUUUACUGUUCAUCCUAAUAGCAUCGUGAUUCAGCCUCAUUCACAAGCUUCUCCAAAUCUUGUUUUUACACCUCAAGGAGAAGAGGGAAAAAUGGAAAGUGUUUUGUUAAUGCGCAUUGAGCCAGAGGGAAUGGAGUUUGAGGUACCAAUAGUGGGGAUAUCCCAUGCACUUCCAUCAGCAACAGUCCUCCCUCAGAAACACGUUAUGCCAGGAGUUCAUGAAACUCUAACAAAAACAAAUUCUGCACCAUUGUCUCAUGUGAGUGAAAAGGAUUUAGCUUCUGCCUUGGAGAGUACCAAAUCUCGCAUUGUAUUUGGCACUGUGAAAAUUGGAGACAGCAGUUCUCAGAAGUUAGUCGUAAGGAACAACUGCACUACUCAAGCGCUUUCACUCUCAUUAGGAAUUAGUGGCAACAAAGCCUUUCAGGUUGGUGAAUUUGGCAGCAAAGAGGGCCAGUGUAAGAUGGAAGUAGUGCUCAAACCAUGUCAAGAACUAGCCCUCUCUAUUUUCCUAUGCCCCAAAGAAGUUGAACCAUUAAGUGCAACACUCGUAUGCAAAUAUCGUGGUUUGACGAACCCCUUCAAAUGCAAGGUUCCACUACAAGGGUAUGGAGGAAAAAGUGAGUUGGAGAUUGCUGAUGCCUGUGAUGGCAAGCCUCUUUUUCUUCGAGACUUGGCACCAGGUUUACCAACUCUAGUCAACACUACUUUUACUAAUACAGGAGACAGAGUAAUGUUUUUGAAGCUUCUGGUGUUUACAGAUGACCAGUGUUCAGAACUACUGCCCUCAAGUGAAAUCUCCGUGCAACCUUCAGAAUUUGUUUUGGCACCAAAGGAAAAUCGGGAUAUAUUUAUUGCAGCAACUGGGACUGCUAACAUGUUGGCCAAGGCACCUGGCUGUGUGGGAGUGUUACAGGUUAUAUCAGGGGAUGAGAUUUUACGCCAGAGAUUCCGGAGACUUAAAAACAAAGAAGUAAAGAUCCGGCGUAUUAAUGAUCCUAGCCUACUGAAGAUCAACUGGGAUAGUGUUUAUACAGGGAAGAAGGAAGUUCAAAAUGAAGAAGAUUGUCUCCCUCCACAGCCCGAAGAUUCUGCCGUCUUCUUCAAUUCGUGUUCCAAAAUUCAGAUUCAGUUGUAUGGAGAGCGUCAAGCUCAUGACGAUGCAUCAAGCACUGUGUUUGCAUGUUUAAAUGCUGAUGAUACAGUCAGCUUGGAGGCAGAUAUCACUGCUGCUGCUGGUGACAGUUAUAAUCCACAGAUUAUGUGUGAGAAUGAAAGUCGGUGUGCAACUAUUACUGUUCUUCCUACUGGAGGUGAAAAUAGUGCUGCUCAGUCUCUGACAGUAUCAAAGCAGCUUCCAUCAGCAUCUCCACCAGUUCAGCAAUCUCCAGUGCCUUCCACAGAUAGUCUAGCUCCAAAGCCAUUAAUUGAUCUUCAAGCUCCAGAACUGAAAAUACCCUCUGUGAGAUAUCCAAGCACAUCAGCAAAUCCUGAGACGACUACAAAGACUAAUGUCGCCAACACUGGUAGGAGCCAGACCAACGAGAGUGAAGUAAAACACAUGGGUAGCACAGAGAGCCUAGUGCAAUUGGUGUCAGAUAUUAUUAACUUCCCAGAUACAGCAACAAUGAAAGAAAAUUAUGUGAAAGUAAAGUUAAGAAAUCUUGAUGGCCUUGUUCAUGUUGUGAGAGCAGUUGUUGUUAAAGGCCCCUUUGCACUGCGUCACACACAGUUCAGCAUCAAGUCAGGCCAUUAUGUUAGUGUCCCUGUUUACUUCAGGCCACAGAAGGCAGGGAUGUAUUCAGGUCAGCUUAUGUUGACAGUGUUGGAGGAACAGACAAUUCUUCCUGUUCAACUGUAUGGCAGAGCUGUGUGAUAGAAUACUUCAUUGCUGUAGAUGAAAAUUUAUAGACGGAGGGCUAUUUUAAUAUAGGAAUUAAACAUGCAAACGUAUCUAUUGAAGCAAGUCUUGGGAAUAAUGCUUUGCUGCAUAAUUAUAAAUUAUAGAAAUUCCUAACCAGCUGUGAUAAUUCAUAUACUGCUAAUAAGGAAAGUACAUCAGUAUAGCUGAGUACUUUGUAUUUCAAUUAUCUUAGUACUUAAAGGAUAUUAGAAUUAGUUAGAUGCAUUUAAAAUGGGUAAGUCAUAUAAGCCUGGUGUUCAAGGGUUUUAAUACAUUAUAUAUUUGUAAAGUUUUGCAGAAAUAUUAGAACCUUCAUUUUCGACAAUUUUUUUUAAUCAAAUGUUUAUUGCACGCAAAUAAAAAUUAAUCUUGGCAAGUGUACGUAAAAUAAAGUUUUUGAAUGAUCGUAAGAAAAUAAUGUGGGCUAUUCCAGGGAUUACAGUACGGUAGUGUCAGAGAAGUGUUCUUCAGAGAUCUGUAGUACGAAAGAUUUGUGAUAAGUACUGAAGGUGAGUUAUAAUGUUGGUACAGUAUACAUACUGAUGUAUAUAUUUUAGUCGAGCAAUACUGUAUACGUUAUUUACUUGACCUUUGCUACUUUUUUUUUUUUUUUUUUUUUUUUUUCUUUUAACCAUUGCUACAUUAUAUUGGUAGCCCACUUGGUGUAGCAUGACACAAACUUGUACUUUUAUAGUAUGUAUUUUUGUACUUUUCCUCAGCUGGUAUCAUUCCAUUUAUUGUCUGGUGCCUUAUCUUUGCAAUUUCUCCAACAUGCUAUUUAUAUGAAACAAAACUACCCUUUUUUAUUUCCUAAUGAACACAACUAACCUUCAGAAAUAUUAAUGGCCUGUGUCUUGAGAUUUUUGAUACAUAUUGUAACAAAGUGCUUGGUAAAUAAUACAGCUACUGCAUAACAGUAAGAGGCAAAUCCUGUAUAUCCACUUUUAGCUGAGGAUUGAGGCAUCAGGAUAGUAUUAAGUAGACAGUCUCAAAUAAUGAGGUUUUACUGUAUAAGAUCUUGUAUUAAAACUUUUUUCAAUUUAUAAUUAGCUUACAGGUAGUUUCAGAAUUCUUAAAACCCUUGAGCAAUAGUAGUAUUUUCAGUUCAUUAACUUUGUUAUGGAUUUAAUAAACUAUUUAAUGCUUUUUUUUUCCCCCUUUAAAAAUCAUGUAUUUUAUAUUAAAAAAUCAUAAAAAAUUUAA